AUGAAGAACUUAUUCUAUUCAUUUGUAAGUGGAAGUGAGUAUUUGGUACUUGUUGCUUUAGAUACCGAGGGAUGUGUCUAUUACGCGUCUGCUGGUGAAUUGAAUAGCCAAGCUUCUAUGGUUGAACUAAUGGAAAAAGACUUUUUAAAAGCUCCAGAAUUCAGAGUUAAUUCGUUGAAUUCGGCUUCUUCUUCCUUGGUAAAUAAGAAAUCUGAAGUUAAAAUCAAAGACACGCUCGAGAAAUUUAAAUCUCUCAUUGAUUUUGAGAACAAAGACGAGAAGAUCCCAUACAAAGUUGUAUUUGGAACGCCGCUCCAGAGGAAAGUAUGGGACUAUUUGGUUAACGAACUUCCAGUCGGUUCAAUUUCUACUUAUCAGAAAAUUGCUCAACACUUGGGAAUGCCUAAUUCAAGCAGAGCAAUAGGCAAUUGUGUGGGCGCAAACAGAAUAGCAGUAGUUAUACCCUGUCAUCGCGUCAUAGGCAGCUCAGGGAAGAUUACUGGCUAUAGAUAUGGCACUAAUAUCAAGAAGACGAUAUUACAAAAUGAACUAGGAUCCAAAUACGGGUCUACUAUUACAAACUAG